AUGAAGCUCCAAUCCAUUGAGCUUCCCUUGGGGAAAAACCAGCCACUGCAGAAGUCCCCAAAGAUAGUUCUACUUGUAAUAUUUACCCUAGUUUUUCUCACAGUGGUGCCCUAUUACCCUUUGCUUAUAAGGUACCCUAGCAAUGAUUCUUCAGAAACACCCUCUUCUUCAUCAUAUGAUAAUCAUUCUAAGGAUAUUAUUGGUGAUGAUGAGAUAGUGAGCACACCGUCGGGUGACAAGUUCUGUGACAUAUUUUCUGGAGAGUGGAUUCCGAAUCCGCAUGCUCCAUACUACAAAAACACUACGUGUUGGGCAAUCCAUGAGCAUCAAAAUUGCAUGAAAUACGGGAGACCCGAUUCUGAUUUCAUGAAGUGGAGGUGGAAGCCUUCUGACUGUGAUCUGCCUAUUUUCAACCCAGCAAUAUUUCUAGAACUCGUCAGAGGGAAGUCAUUGGCCUUUGUUGGAGACUCUGUUGGAAGAAACCAAAUGCAAUCCUUGAUCUGCCUCCUCUCAAGGGUAGAAUAUCCUAUAGGUGUUUCACACUCACCGGAUGAAAGGUUCAUACGUUGGAAAUACACAAGCUACAACUUCACCCUGGCCGCUUUUUGGACCCCACAUUUGGUGAAAAGCAAUGAAUCUGACGUUGUUGGUUCAACCCACAAUGUCUACCUUGACGAGUUUGAUGAGAAAUGGACAACCCAAGUAGAUGAAUUUGACUUCUUGAUCAUCUCCGCCGGCCACUGGUUCUUCCGGCCGAUGAUUUUCUACGAAGACGGCAAAAUAGUUGGCUGCCAUUACUGUAAACAAGAAAAUGUCAUCGAUUUGACAAUGCAAUACGGAUACAGAAAAGCCUUUCGAACCGCCUUCAAAGCUAUUAAUGGGCUAGAGAACUACAAGGGCAUAACAUAUCUUAGGACUUUUGCCCCGUCACAUUUUGAAGGCGGGCUGUGGGACCAAGGUGGGAAUUGUGUCAGAACGAGGCCGUUUAGGAACAAUGAGAUGAGAUUGGAGGGUCAAAACUUAGAGUUAUACAUGGCACAAGUGGCGGAAUUUAACAAGGCACAAAAAGAAGGGAAAAAGAAGGGUUUGAGAUAUAGAUUGCUUGAUACAACACAGACAAUGUUGUUGAGGCCAGAUGGUCACCCUAGUAGAUAUGGGCAUUGGCCACAUGAAAAUGUGACAUUGUACAAUGAUUGUGUGCAUUGGUGCUUGCCGGGGCCUAUAGACAUUUGGAAUGACUUCCUGCUGGAGAUGUUGAAGAGGGAGGGUGUGAGGUCCCAUGAGGAGAAGCUUCAAUAUUUAAGGGACAGAAAAUUGCGAGUCAGAUAGAUAGAUCAAAUUUUUAUUCUUCUACUUAAUUAA